AAUCUUGCUGACGUCGCGGAGGCGGGCAGUCCUCGCGGGAGCGGCCGGGCGCGCUCCUGUGCGUUGGGCGCAGCCGGGAGGGAAGCGCGCGGGCUCUGCCCGGGCUGUGACGAUCCUAGGGCGGCGGCCACAGCAGGAGCGCCCGGGUAGGCUAGCCCCGAAGCGGCCGGAGCAGCGGGGCAUGGGGAGCAUUGGACUCCUCGCCUCUCUCGAGCGCGCGUGUGACUCCGGGCGCGAACACUGACGGCCGCGGCGCCCCUGGCCCGGCUUCCCCGAGGCCGCUUCGCCAGGGAGCCCGUGGCCGGCAGCGGGCCGGGCCAUGAAGAGAGCCUGGGGUCGGGCCAGGCCUCGCUGACCUCGGCCCCGCUUGGUAGCCUCCCCCACCCCCGCCGCGGCCUCUCGGCAUGAGCGCCCGCCCCAGCUCGGGGCCCCGGCUGCCCCAGUGCGGCGGCCCUCGGGCGCGUUCCGGGCCUGGGGCCCCGCGGUGCUGAUCCCGGCCGCCGCCGCCACCGCCGCCCGCUCGCCUGGCCGCCCGCUGCUUGCCCCCGGGACGCGGCCAUGGAGGUGGUGGGCGACUUCGAGUACAGCAAGAGGGACCUCGUGGGACACGGGGCCUUCGCCGUGGUCUUUCGGGGGCGGCACCGCCAGAAAACUGAUUGGGAAGUAGCUAUUAAAAGUAUUAAUAAAAAGAACUUGUCCAAAUCGCAGUUACUGCUGGGGAAGGAAAUUAAAAUCUUAAAGGAACUUCAGCAUGAAAACAUUGUAGCACUCUAUGAUGUUCAGGAAUUACCCAACUCUGUCUUUCUGGUAAUGGAGUAUUGCAAUGGUGGAGACCUGGCAGAUUAUUUGCAAGCUAAAGGAACUCUUAGUGAAGAUACGAUCAGAGUGUUUUUGCAUCAGAUUGCAGCUGCCAUGAGAAUUCUGCACAGCAAAGGAAUAAUCCAUAGGGAUCUCAAGCCACAGAACAUCUUGUUGUCUUAUGCCAAUCGUAGGAAGUCAAGUGUCAGUGGUAUUCGCAUCAAAAUAGCGGAUUUUGGUUUUGCUCGAUACCUGCAUAGUAACAUGAUGGCUGCAACCCUGUGUGGGUCCCCGAUGUACAUGGCUCCUGAAGUUAUUAUGUCUCAACAUUAUGAUGCAAAGGCUGACUUGUGGAGCAUAGGAACUGUGAUUUAUCAAUGCCUUGUUGGAAAACCGCCUUUUCAGGCCAAUAGUCCUCAAGACUUAAGGAUAUUUUAUGAAAAAAAUAGGAGUUUAAUGCCUAGUAUUCCCAGAGAAACAUCACCUUAUUUGGCUAAUCUCCUUUUGGGUUUGCUUCAGAGAAACCAGAAAGAUAGAAUGGAUUUUGAAACAUUUUUUAACCAUCCUUUUCUUGAACAAGUUCCAGUUAAAAAAUCCUGCCCAGUCCCAGUGCCUGUGUAUGCUGGCUCUGUUGCUGGAAACUCCUGUGGCAGCUCUCCAUCUUGUCGUUUGGCCUCUCCACCAUCCCUUCCAGAUAUGCAGCAUGUUCAAGAAGAAAACUUAUCCUCCCCACCACUGGGUCCUCCCAACUAUCUACAGGUGUCCAAAGACUCUGCCAGUACUAGUAGCAAGAACUCCUCUUGUGACACGGAUGACUUUGUUUUGGUUCCACACAACAUCUCAUCAGACCACUCAUAUGAUAUGCCAAUGGGAUCUGCUGGCAGACAUGCUUCAAAUGAGUUCUUGGUGUGUGGAGGGCAGUGUCAGCCUAUUGUGUCACCUUACAGUGAAACAGCACCAAUUCCAGUUCCUACUCAGAUCAGGAAUUAUCAGCGCAUAGAGCAGAAUCUUACAUCUACUGCCAGCUCUGGCACAAAUCUGCAUGGCUCUCCCAGAUCUGCAGUGGUACGAAGGUCUAACACAAGCCCUAUAGGUUUCCUCCGGCUGGGGGCCUGCUCACCAGCACCAGCAGACACAAUGCAAACAGCAGGACGGAGACUCUCCACUGGGUCUUCCAGGCCUUACUCACCUUCUCCUCUGGUUGGCACCAUUCCUGAGCAGUUCACUCAGUGUUGCUGUGGGCAUCUUCAGGGCCAUGAAUCCAAGAGUAGAAAUUCAUCAGGUUCUCCAGUGCCUCCAGCUCCAUCACCACAGUCUCACUUACUGGGUGCUAGGCUGCAGAGUGCCCCCACACUCACUGACAUCUACCAGAACAAGCAGAAACUCAGAAAGCAGCAUUCUGACCCUGUGUGCCCAUCUCAUGCUGGGUACAGCUACUCACCUCAACCAAGUCGGCCAGGCAGCCUUGGGACCUCGCCCACCAAGCACCUGGGGUCGUCUCCACGCACUUCGGACUGGUUCUUCAAAACUCCCUUACCAACAAUCAUAGGUUCUCCUACUAAGACCACUGCUCCUUUCAAAAUCCCUAAAACCCAAGCGUCUUCCAACCUGCUAGCCUUGAUUACUCACCACGGGCCUGCUGAGGGGCAGUCUAAAGAGAGCAGUGAGCCUCGGGAAUGUUUUCACUGUCUGUCAGUGCAGGGCGGCGAGAGGCAGAAGUCUGAGCAGCAGAGCAAGGCGGCAUUUGGCAGAUCUGUCAGUACUGGGAAAUUAUCAGAUCAACAAGUAAAGGCACCUCUAGGAGGAUAUCAGGGCAGCAUGGACAGUUUAAAUACAGAACGACCAAUGGAGAUUGCCCCUGCCGGAGCCUGUGGUGGAAUGCUGGCACCUGCAGGAGGAGCGACACUGAGUCCCCGGACUGCGCUGUUCACUGUAGGCUCCCCUCCACACUGCUCCAUGGCCCUGGCCUGCACCCAUAUGGUCCUUCGAGCGAGAACCACCUCAGUGGGCUCCAGCAGCUCCGGAGGCUCUCUCUGCUCAGCCAGUGGCCGUAUGUGUGUAGGCUCCCCACCUGGGCUGUACUUGGGGUCUUCCCCUCCUGGAGCAGAAGCAGCUCCUAGCCUGAGAUACAUGCCUUAUGGUGCUUCACCUCCCAACUUAGAGGGGCUCAUCAACUUUGAAGCCCCCGAACUGCCGGAGGAGACACUGAUGGAGCAAGAACACACGGACACCUUGCGCCACCUAAAUGUGAUGCUGAUGUUCACAGAGUGUGUGCUAGACCUAACAGCUGUGCGUGGUGGGAACCCAGAGCUGUGCACAUCUGCAGUCUCCCUGUACCAGAUUCAGGAGAGUGUGGUCGUGGACCAGAUCAGCCAGCUGAGCAAAGACUGGGGGAAGGUGGAGCAGCUGGUGUUAUACAUGAAGGCUGCACAGCUGCUCGCAGCCUCUCUGCAUCUCGCCAAAGCCCAGAUCAAGUCUGGGAAGCUGAGCCCAUCCACAGCAGUCAAACAAGUUGUCAAAAAUCUGAAUGAACGAUAUAAAUUCUGCAUCACCAUGUGCAAGAAACUUACAGAAAAGCUGACUCGGUUCUUCUCUGAUAAGCAGAGGUUUAUUGAUGAAAUCAGCAGUGUGACUGCAGAGAAGCUCAUCUAUAACUGUGCUGUGGAAAUGGUUCAGUCUGCAGCCCUUGAUGAGAUGUUUCAGCAGACAGAAGACAUUGUUUAUCGCUACCACAAGGCAGCCCUUCUUCUAGAAGGCCUAACCAAGAUUCUGCAGGACCCAGUGGAUAUUGAAAAUGUACAUAAAUAUAAAACUAGUAUUGAAAGAAGAUUGUCAACGCUCUGCUAUAGCACCUCCUCAGCCAUGUGAACUGCAGCAGGUGGGACUCAGGCUCAGUGGUGGGACGUGAGGGGAGGCGGAGUGGCAACCAGGGCUCUUCCACCUGGCUCCAGAAAACUGUAGUUUCUCAGCUGCUGACUACCAAAGAACAGGCAGUCAUUUCACAAAGGAAGACAAUACAAUAACUACAUAUGUGUAGGAAUCUGCCUUACUGGAGAAGUCACCCUUUCCCUUUCCUUCAUAGAAGCAGCAGCCAAGUGUAUUCCACUUGACUCUGUCUGAACUUGUUAUAUACUUGUACCUUAGAACUAGAACUAUCUACAGUUAUUCUUAAGAAUAAUUGAAAUGAAGUAAAGUGAGUGGCUUUCAUUCAGAUCACCAGAGUAGUGUGUGAAAUCCCACGUGUUUACUGAGUUUUAAGUAAAAAAAAAAAAAAAAAGAAAGAAAGAAAGAAAAAAAAAAUAUAUAUAUCUUAUCCAGGCAGUGUGAUACUUGGGGUAAUUUGUUCACAUAUGAGGUGCAUCCUUCUACAGCUCAGGAAGAAACAGCCUAAGAAGAAAAGAAGGAUGGCUCUUGGAAGAAAUGGUGAAAUCUUCAGUUGGAUCUGAUGUGGACACAUGUUAGUCUUCUAAAAUCUUUCCUAUUGCACUAAUUUAUUAAAAUCAACUGUGUAUUGGAUUUUGCAGUUUAAAACUAACUGAGGCACAAUGGACUUGUUUAAAACACUUUAUUUGAUUAUAUACAUAUACCCUUUCCAGAAUUCACAAGUAAUCUCUAGUAGACUUUUAAAUGGUAAAAACUUGUUCAUGUGAAUCUUUGCAUUUUGUUUAAAGUACUCAUCUACACCUAUAGAUUUUCUCAGUGGCAUCUUGAGUUGCUGGUGGUUUACCUUGGUUGCGUUUUUUUAUCAUGCAUGCAGAAUGUGCAUUGAUGCCUGUGGCUUAGGUGAUUUAUCCCAGACUAGGUUCCCUUGGGUGUAUUAGAAGACAUACCAGUUGAGGUACUCUCAAAAAUUUGAUUAGGGCUGAAACAGAAUUGGUGAUCUAAAGACUCAUUUAAUAGUGUAGAGGUUCUACAUGAUGUUAGUGAAAAGUGAAGUUUGUUUGCUCUUAGCAAAUGGCGUAGCCGUCUCCAUCCUACUGUGUAUUUUCGUGUUAGUUCUGGCAGUUCACCAAGUAGCUCAUCAUGGAGAGUGUAGCCAGCUGACAUCCCUCUAGGAAGGUCCUACAGUCUCUCACUUGGUUUCUUUUACUUACCUGCUUGGAUACUUGAAUAAAAAACCCAACAGUUUUAAUCCUUUUAUCUUAAUCCUUUUCAGUACUUACACUCUGACAAAUUGCACAGAAGCUCUCUGGCAUUAAUCUAACUUUAGAGUACUGAUAAAACAAAGGCAUACAUGUUUUUACUUUACUUUCACAAAGUAAUACAGUUUCUACCUUAUUUAUCUGUAUGAAAUUCCAGCAGUUAAUUUGAACAUUUAUUUAUAUGAUGUUUGUACUUUUAGGUCUUUAAUACAGUGUUUCUACCUCUCAUUUGUAACCGCAUGCAUUAUUCUUGAAACUAGGUAAAAACUCACUAAAUUGUUAUGUCAUAAACUUUUUAUUAUUGCCUGUACAGAUGUAUAUUAAGGUCAAAUAAAGCUGACAAAGUGUUUCCAGGAUGAAACUGGGUCCCUAUUAUAUGAUUUUUCAAGCCAGGCUCUUGCUCAGUGAGUUUGGAAGCUUGGUCUUUAUUCCCUCUGUCUGCCCCAGGAACUGGAGUCCUGCUGACUGUUGUGCAGGCUGAUUCUGCCCCUUCUUGCAGGUUGAUUCCUAUUCCUUGAUGAGGGACUGUUGUAAGCACUGUGACUAGCGAGUCUCUUAUUUUGUAUCACUUUUCCGAGUUUACAGGAUGCUUUCCAUUAUGUUUUCAAUUACCACCCCUUAUUAUCUCAGUUCAUUCUCACCCCUGCUACUCUUAAAAAAUAUAUACAUAGGAUGAUGAGACAGUGGGUUUCACAGUGGGGUUAGUGUCUUCACAGUGAGCGAGUGACUGAUCUGCAGUCAUUUAACUCAGGAGAUGUUUCAGCCAUAUUCUGUGACUCCACCUUGACUUUCCUUCCUCUUGUAAUAAAGCUCUAUGGUGUGUGUGCAGCAGUGAGGUCUGACAGCAAAAAACAAACUGUAAACCCAUGAACUCUGAUGAUACUUCACUUUCAAGGCCAACUGUUUUAAGAGACUUUUUGCCUUGACUACAGCAAUAAUAAAUAAAUGCUCU